GGAGCCGAUUGUAAUCUGCCCAGCGCUAGUGGAACUAUGGCGGCGUUAUGGCUGCAGGAGUUUCAGCAGGGUGACGAGCCCCACCACUCGUUUGGCGUUGAGGAGGCCGAGCGCCAUCAGGCUAGCAAUCUGCCGAGACUGCCGCCCCUUUCUCCACUCCUAACCCCUCCUGGGCUUGGCGGCGGCAGCGCCAACCUGCUGUUCGACGAACACUUCCCUGUGCUGGCGACCAGCCGCCAGGAGGGUUACAGCGAGGAAGUGGCAGCCGGUAGCCCCGGCAUCGAGGACCUGCUCUCCCAGCUUCGGCAGAAGGAUAACGAUCUCAUCCUGGCGGCUAAGCUUGGCAAAGCCUUGCUGGAGAAGAACCAAGAGCUUACCAAUCAGUACGAGAUAAUGCAGAGAGAGCUCACUGACAAACUAGAGCAUCUAGAACAGGAAAAACAUGAACUGCGGAGAAGAUUCGAGAACCGUGAGGGAGAAUGGGAGGGUCGUGUUGCUGAGCUGGAGGGUGAUCUCAAGCAACUUCAAGAUGAGCUGGAGAGGCAUCAGGUCCAGUUACGUGAGGCAAACAAAGAGAAAGUAAUAGCUUUGCGGGAACUAUCUGAACAGAACCAGCGACUCCUUGAGCAGCUCACCAGGACAGCUGAGAUAGAGCAGCAACUCUCAAUGCAAGUUCAUAACCUCCGUGACGAGUUCCGUGAAAAAAGCAUAUCGACAAAUCAGCAUGUGGUGCGCUUGGAGACCUUGCAAGCUGAGAUAAAAAUGCUAACAGAACGAAAACGUGAACUGGAGCAGCGUAUCAGUGCUGUGAUUGAGGAGAAUGAACUGUUGCAGGGCACGAUUGAGGAACUUCAGGAACGAGUGUUGAUGGCUGAGCGACAGAGUCGUGAGAAGGAUCUGCAGUUGCACCAGAACCAGAUAGAACUCCGCGAAGUACGUAUGUCUCACCGGCAGCUUCAAAUGAAAGUGGAUGAAAUGAAUGAGGAGAUCAGCUUGCAUAGUGUGGGUCCAACGAGCACAUCGUUAUUGUCUGAAAUUGAGCAAAGCAUGGAGGCAGAGGAACUGGAACAGGAGAGAGAACAGCUGAGAGUAGAACUCUGGGAGGCUUACUGUCAAGUGCGUUCACUUUGCUCACACCUGAGAGGAAAUGACAUCACGGACUCUGCACUUUCUACUGACUCCUCCAUGGAUGAAUCUUCUGACACCUCCUCUGCCAAAGAUAUCCCUACAGGGAGCCUACACACAGCACUGCAUGAGCUCAAACGCCUAAUCCAAAACAUUCUCGAUGGAAAUGAAUCUACGGUGGUGCUGCUAAGAGUUGAAAUGAAUACAAUAAAAGAGGAGAGGGACAAGCUGAAGGCAACAACUGAAGAAAAGGAUCAUGGCAGACAGCUUCAGAAAGCUCUCAGUGACCGGGAUGAAGCCAUAGCAAGGAAAAAUACUCUGGAAAUGGAACUUGCCAAGUGUAAGAUUGACAUGAUGUCACUCAAUAGCCAGCUCCUGGAUGCAAUCCAGCAGAAACUCAACCUCUCACAACAGCUGGAGGCUUGGCAGGAUGACAUGCACACGGUCAUUGACCAGCAGCUAAUGGACAAACAACAGAAGGAGUGUCGCCUGCCAGCACACUCCCAUGUGAACAGCUGCAGUCUGAGGCACAAAGUCAGCUCCUCGGUGAGACUGGAAUGUAAUCGAGAAGAGGCCAUUGGGGCAGAAGGGAAACGUCUCUUCGCAUUUUUCAAGAAGAAUUAAUUUCCUUUGUAAUUACUAAUGUGGAGUUGGGAGGGCUGUAAGAGAUUCUUUGUACAAAGAGAAUUUCAUUGAAUCGGGAAGGAAGCUCUUCCUGCCCAGGCUCAGGUGAUGCUUCCAUUUGUCUGCAAAGAGACAACAGUGGAGAAAACUCGAGAUGUUCAGCCCAACUUUGGUAGCUUUGUCACUGGAGAUUUUCUCUGCUGUUAAAAUGUGUCCAGGUUCCCUUUGCCAAAGGUUCCUGUAUGUAGAACAUUGCACGAACAUGCUGUAUAUAACGGGUUAAAACAAAUCAUACUGAUCUAUUAUUUUCACAAAAAAGAUAAUUUCACAAGAAAAAAGAACUGAAGAAUGUCUAAUCUGCAAAGGAUUAAAUGUUUGUACAGUAUUACUUGAAAUGGAUGGACUGAUUGCCUUGAAAGAAUUUAGUGAGAAAGCAAAUUGUCUAUAUCAAUGAGUAGCAAUGCAGCACCUUGUGAACAGUGCACCUGUCGAGAUGCAUAUGGAAUAUUGCGGCGUGCGCAUGUGUAGCGUGGACAUUUCACUGUGUGCCUGUACAACGCAGUGUCUGUGCAACUCGUGCCUGUUCAAUAUAGUGUAAGAUGGUACACUGUGCAUUGGUACAGUGUUGCACUGUCUGCCGUACGUGUGUGUAAGUGUGUGUAUUUAAAGUGCUCAAUAAGUCAGUUUCAACAGAACAGCACUGAGUGCCAGUUCAGUAGAUGAAUGCGGCAUGCGAGUAUAUAGUGUUAGGGCAGUACAGUCAGUGUGCUGCACCAUACCUCUACAGCACAGUGUGGGAUCCUAAUUAAUACUGUGCAGAAAUCGUAAAUGCUGGGAGCGUGAAAAAUACAGAAAUGCCAAAAGUACACAGUUUGUCUACCAGUAUCUGGAAAGGGAAAAAAAUGGCAAAUUAAUGCUUUGAACGGAGAUUCAAAGUACAGUUAUUAUCAAAGUAUAUAUGUAGUAUACAACUCUGACAAUUGUCUUCCCACAGCCAUGAAACGAAAACCAUGGAAUCCAUCCAAAGAGAAACAUCAAACCUCCAAUGCUCAAAAAGACGAGUAAAUCGCACAAACGGUUAAAAAAGUGAAAAACACACAACAUAAAACAUCAAACCAGAAAGUCAACAAAGCAGUCCAGGAACGUUUAGUUUCGGCUCAGUUGGGUUCAUUUUAGCACUGUUGAUUAAACCCAAUGGAGGUUCAGCAGCUGAAAGAUGAGGAUGAUUCCAAGGCAGUUAAUGGACUGAAAAUCUCUGGCUGCUCACCUUUUCUUUCCCAAAUAGGCCCUCUUAUCAGUUAAGUGCAAAGUCAGAUGUUAACCAUUCUGUUUUCCUUUCAGAUACUGAGACACAUUUUGUGUAUUUUAAUUUAAUUUUGGAUACAGAGCCAUAUCGAGUAUGGAAGGCUGAUAGCCUGAUUCAUGUAAGUUGUACCAGUUAUGAUGUUGUCUGAGGUGGCAGACUCUGCCUGUGUGAUAGACGAAGGUGGUGUUGAAUGGGGCAAGCACAGUGUGAGAUAUGCAUGACGUCUUUAAAUGGCACAAUGUAUGGAUCAUGGUAAACCUAUAUAGGGCAGAGUGAUCUGAGGUUGGGAGAGAAGAAUGGUUAAUGCUGUGUAAGAUAGUGCCAUGUGUGAAGUUUAUUUGGGUGAUUAGUGCUUAUGGAAACUGCCCUAGCCUGAAAAUGGAGGUAGUGUACUGUGCUCCAAUUCAACAGCUUGGAGUUAUGAAUCAUGUGCCUGAAAAUGAGAUUGUUCUGUGUCUAAAAGGAGUAGUGUGGGGUAAUGUAAAUAUACAGACACUGUAAUAUUGUGCAACUGUGAAAAUGCAAACAAUUGUGUAGAAUGUACUAUAUACACAAUGUUAAUAUACAUCUGUUGCAGAUGCAAUAGAUUAUGUGACUAUGCACCAUGUGCCUGUAUGAAUGAAUGAAGCAUUUUGGUACAGUGUUGAGCUGUGCAUUAGGUGCCUAUGAAGCUUUCUGCACAAUGGGUACUUGUAGUGUCAGUGUACCAUUUCUCUCCCAUGUCAGUGGUAUGUGGCAUGUCUGUACAAUACAUUAAUGGGUAAUGCACAUGAGCCUGUAUAAUAACAUUACACCUGUGGUAUGUUUCCUACAACUGGUGUAGGUCAAAGCACUAAGGACAAUGAUUGCCGGAUCCGUGUGCAGUGUCAUCUGCCGACAUGGAAAAGUGCACUCCGUACCGGCGCCAUUUGUGUACCAUGUGCCUUUCCAGUGUGUGCGUGGUGUGAUUCAUCCACCAUGUGCAUGCAUGUGUAGAACGAUGUCCUUAGCAUGUCCUGUGUGGUGUGGGCUAGUGUAUUAUGUACAUAAAGCCUUUCGUGUUUGCUAAAUCACUGCGUAUGAUUUUGUCUUUUGAUGUGACAUUAGAGAAUGUAAUCGAACACGGUUUCUGGGGUUUGAUACGAAACGAGCUGCAGCGCCACCUACUGUACAACCACGGGAUGUGGUCAUGUCCUGCGUGCUGAACUGUACUGUAUGUUGCAGGCGCAGUGUGUUGGCGUGUGGCUGGGAUUUUAUUUCAAAUGGUACACGGAUUAGCUGUUUCCUCACAUCCGAAUUGUCAUUGUUUCGGUAUGAAAAUACCAGUCGCUUUGUUUGUAUCUAAGAAAGCCAUUAAAAGUCCACCUGUGGGAGCGGUUUAAUGCCCGGCCUGCUUGUGCACAGGUAUCCGGAACGCCUGCAAUGUCGGGCUAGGGAGUCAGCCAUCAGGGCUUCUACAACACCACCCUCAGCUCUGUUGGGUUGGAUGGAUUCUAGCGAGGAGCGGGUGAGCAGGCCCGCAAUUGCAAGGCCUGAGAUAAUACUCCGCAGCAGAACAACACACACAAAAUACUGGAGGAACUCAGCAGGCUGGGCAGCAUCUAUGGAACAAAGUAGAGUCGUUUUGGGCCGAGACCCUUCGGGCAGUCCUGUACUGUACGUUGUUUGUACUUUUUUCCAUAGAUGCUGCCUGGCCUGCUGAGUUCUCCAGCAUUUUCUGUGUGUUGCUUGGAUCUGCAGCAUCUGCGGAUUUUCUCUUAUUUGUGACACCGCAGCAAAGGCUCGCUCUCCCUCAGGCUCUCCGUGAACGGGUGACCUUUGUAAUUAAUGGUAAACGAGGCCAUCUGCAUGGCCUUUGACAUUACGUAGACAGUACUGUUCACUGGGGUCGGCUCAGAUUCUUUGUAGAAAUCCAUCUGGGCUGCAGGCGGAGAGCUGUGCCGUCCCAUACAGAAACACGAGGCAGAUGAAAUGGGCCGUAAACUGCCCCAGGACUGGGGGUGGUGUACAGGCCGAGUAUGUUUAGCAGUGGAUGCACCUUCGACAAUGGCUUGGAUCUAGAGUUGAAGUGGAAACAACCCGCCAAAAGGAGUCCUGAUGUGGCCUGAAAGUCACCGAAUUUAACCCCUUCCAGAUGCACUCUGGCUAUAGGCGGGAGAAUCGGGGCGUUCAAGGCCAUGAUCUUCAACAUCUGCGGUGUGGUUACCAAUGUGCACCGCCCCUGCUUUAUUACACGACGUGCACAUAAUGGCAGACAGCUUGGAAGUACAGUCAAUGGUGCUGCAAUCUGGCAUCUCCCAGUUUAAUAACAUACACCUCGACGUGCCGGUGCUGUAAGCUGCCCCGCUCGCUGUGACACGGACCGUUGCCUUGCUGCUGGAGAGCUCAGUUUCAUGCUGCUGCUUGCAUUAGAAGCACUGACUUCCCGUCGCUUGUCCAAGCUUUCGUCUCCCUUUUGUUGUCUGCAAUCCGCUCGGGAGUGCUGGCUAGCAAAGGCCACUCGAACAUCGGCGAGCUUUAAGGCUCCAACGUCAUGAGGUAGUUCCAUCACCACACAUCAACAUGGUGUAGCCCACGCUCUUAAAGUUGGUGAUUACAAAUCCCCUUGGUGUAAAGUGACGGUUCUUCUGGGGCAGGUCAAAAGUGUACGUGUACGGCGGUUUGAGAUAGUACUGUAGUUUGGCACUGUACUGCAGAGCGCUAUUACCUGGUGUCUCUGGAUGUCUUCAGUGUGGUUGCUUUGAGAUACAUCCCAAAGACCGUGUCGGUGUGUCCAAAGUUGGGGCGCGGAUCAUUCUCCUUCCGUGAAGGGUGCGGCUGU